GACUCUCUUGGCUAAACCCGCUCUCUGGAAUUCCCCCUGGUUUGGGUAAUGAAAUAACGCUUGCUGAGUCGACAAAUAAGAACCGGUUGCAAGAGGAAGGCUAUGUAUAUAAACGUCAUAACUUUAUGAAGUACAGCGCCGUCUACCAAUGACUUGACUGGAAGUGUGCGCUGCAGCCAAUCACACGCUGUGAGGAGGAGUCAGUCACAGGUACAAACCGAAAGUAAGGAAGGGAGGAAAGAGUAAUUGAGUCUCAGGUUCAGCUGUUUGAAUUUCGUCUUUGAAGGGUGACUGAGAGUCAAACAUAAUCUUCAAAGGAACGAGCCCCUCCACGUGUGGCCAUCUUGUCCCGUAGCUCCAGGUUAAGAGCUCUUCUGUACAAGAUUCUCAAACAGUCAUUGGUCCACCAGAGACCGGCGGCGAUCAUCCAGAACUCCAGGAAGAACUCAGCAGCGGACUUGUUCCCCUGCCACAGGUCGCAAACGCGCUCCCCUAGGCUUCAGCCGACUGCGGGAUGAUUGAACACCUCCUUGAAUGCCUCCAGAAAAUCCUAGUCACAUGUCAGGAGGAGGCUGUUGUAGGUCCAUAGGGCUGUCACCCACUCUCAUGCUCUUCCCGUAACAAACCACACUCAGGAGGACGCCGAGCGGAACUUCUCGGGGUGCUUGUCUAUAUACAGCCCACACUGCAUGAGAAAAGAACAGCAGCGAUCAGGAUUGUCAUAUUUCUCGGGCAAGGCUACUGGCACUGGGAGAGAGGUCAAGGCUUGCGGAGGCGAGCUUUUACUCAUUUGGCUUAAAAAUGCCUUUACCAUGCGAUGAAUUGUACAAAGGUUACAUACGCCGCAACUUGGCAAGGUUUGUGACAAUAGUGAAAUCAACGGAAAUCAUGGUUCAUCUUCCCUGCCUUACUCAGUCUGAUCGGGAUGAAAUAACGGCUAAGAGAGAGAGCAGAGGCAAUUACGACGCUAUGGAGCGUCUGUUGGACUGUUUGAAGCGGAGAGAGAACUGGCCUGAUGAUUUAAUCGAGGCCCUGAGAUCCUGUGAGCAAUGGGAACUUGCUUCAGAGCUUGAGAAGGAAUAUGAAUCACUCAAGGUCCGGCCCACUAGGAGUGGUGGCACUCCUGCUUCUGUUCCUGCGACUGCUCCAGUAGAUGCCAGCCGUCACACUGUCUCAAACCUUCUGGAACAUGCAGCUACUGAAGCUGUCCCAGCUGUUCCAGCUCCAUCAGGGACGGGCCACUCAGCUCCACUGCCCAGUCCCUUUCAGGCGGCUUCCGCUGAUAAGGGCAUUACCCCUAAUCACACUGACACUCUUAGUGGUCCAGUUGAGCCCGCCUCACAGGUGUCUGCGUCACCCCAUGUCACCCAGCCUCGAGUCACAGAAGAAGUUAAGAAUGCCUCCAUAGUAUCUGCAUCUAGUCCUCAGGAGAGCCUAACUGGCAGGCCAGUAGAGGAUACCAACCCAACAGAUGCCCGUCCAAACCCAUUUCCAAAACUAAUACAGACCUCCAAUCCAGGCAAUAAUCAGGUAACUGAUAAUCAUCCCCAUGCGGAGCCUAGUCAAGCACAUCAGGCUCAACGUACUGCCAGGCCAACUGCAUCUUCUGCUGAUCUUAACCAAGCCGAUAAUCCUGCAACUUCCAUCUCCACCGAUGAUGCCAUGUCUGAAGAAAUGUACUUUAGCAAGCCUGGAACGCUUCGUUCCCAUUCUGCUGAACUACACCAAUAUUUUGACAACCAAAGAACUGCUGAGUCAGUGGAAGAGGAGCCAUACUCUGGUAAUUCUGACCUCUCUGAGAUGAGUGAAACUGUGCAACACCCAGAGCCGGAAGAGAACUCUUUUGAGAGCCUGCUCGAUAUUCAGGAUGUGCACGUAAUUGAAGGACAUGUGACUGAAGAGAUCCCUGUACUCAAUCAUGCAGGUCAACCCACAAGCCCCGCAAAGGAAAAAUUGACCACUCGUCAUGACAACCACCCCACUUCUGGAAGAGCUGACAUGGCAACCCAUGAUUGUCCACAUGAAGGGGGACCCAGCUUCCCCUACAACCUGUUAGAGAACUAUUCUAUCCCUCUCUUUGUUCUGGCUGGAGCAUGCAUUCUGGUCUUGCUAGGGAGACUGAGGAAAUAGUUAUGUUAAAGGGGAUGGUGAAUGUACAAUAUCUCAUACAAUAUCAAAAUCGUUAUAUGCUUGUCUUUUGAAAAAAGGUAUUUUAUAGACAAAUGUCUUUGAAUUUCCUCACACAAGAGUUUAAAUAUAUUUAAAAAAUAUUUUUGCAUAACAUUUGUUUUGCACAUUCCUUUUUUCAUGUAAAGCUUUCACAUAAGAAGGCUCUUAAUCAUGAGCACAUGAGAUGUGUCCCUUUCAGUAAACCAUUCUUAAUACUGCUUUGUAUAUUUACCAAAGCAUCUCCAUUUACUCAUGCAAGUGUGUGAUGGGUCCAAAAAAAGAAGCAGGUCUUUGAAGAUCUAAUAUCCUGCAGUCCAAUCUAUUUUAGUACUUUACUUGCCAGUUUUAUUUAGUAUAUUAUCAUUUUAAACGUAAGCCUUAAGAUUAGUAUUUUUUUAUGGAUCGUAUUAAUGUCAAGUAUCUGAAAGUACUUGUUUGUCAAGUUUUGAAGAUCAUGUUUGUGUAAAUAAAGAGCCUGUGAGUUUAAUAGGACUUAACAUGUAAAUAGUGCACUUAUAUUGAGAGAAGUUGUUGAAAAGAAUGUGAGUUUUAUUCCGUUUUAGUAAUUAGAUUUUUUUUGCACAAUACAUUGAGUUAAUUAUGUUUGGCUUUUUGGGCAUAAAAGGCUUGUGUCUGCGCUUUAAGUAUUUUUAUCUUAGCGGUUCAUCUGUUUUUGCACAUUUGAUUAUUUACUGUUGGAAUCAUGAAUACUAGGCUGCUUGUUUAAUAGCAGUGAAAUUCCGUGUGCUGCUUUGUAGAUGAAGGGGUGAAAUAAAGUCCAGAACUAUUUUCUAAAA